AAACCGGAAACCGCCGUCUACUUUAUAUAGCCGGAAACAACCACUCUCUUUCCGCCAUUGCUCCCUCCCUCGCUCCAAAAUUUUCCGGCGAAAUCGCAGAAGAAGGUGAAAGAAGCGACGACGGGACCCUCGCCGUCGCCGUGAUAUUCAACAGACCGUAUUUGAUUCUGGUUUUCUCUUCUUCUGCAAAAGAAUUAUGAGUGGCGACGGGAAAAACAGCGCGGUAUUGGGCGAUCCACAGAGUCAAUACCAUUACGGUACGUUUCAGGGUGUCGCAAACUAUUAUCCUUCUGCCUCACAGCCGCAGCCGCAGCCGCAACCCCAUUCUGUCGUUGGUUUCCCUCAACCGGUUGCGCCGCCCCGAGUUUCUGGCCCUCACCCAUAUUACCAUGGACAUCUGGGUUACCAAGCCGUCCCGGUUCAAGGUUAUGCUAUUAUUGAGGGAAGACCUUAUCAAGAAGCCCGUCUUCCUUGCUGUGGCAUUGGCAUGGGCUGGUUCUUGUUUGUAAUUGGGUUCUUUCUUGGUGGCAUUCCUUGGUAUGUUGGAGCUUUUAUCGUACUCUUUGUACGAGUGGAUUACCGAGAAAAGCCUGGAUAUGUAGCAUGCGUAAUCGCUUCAGUCCUUGCCCUCGUUGCUAUAACUUUUGGUGUCACCAAGGGAGCUGAGUCGUGGUAAAGGAGGCAUCAGCGGAGCAGACUGGUCUGACUGUUCCAGCCUUGUCGCCCCUUGCUUCGACGAAAACAACUUGGUGGUAUCGUAUUGUGUAAUUAGCUUUGCAAUUGUAUUCAUUCAAUCUCUAUCUAUAAACUUCUUGGUUUCCUUUACCAUAUACUGCAGUCUUCCUGACUUGCCAAAUAUGAUAUGCAUAAUAGAUUGAAGUAGUAGAUAUUGACAACUUUAUUGGAAGGUAUUCAUUCAAAUGUUUUUGUGAUGAUAUAGUUACACUUA